AUGUACAAUUCUUGUCAAGUUCAAUACAGUUUAGUAUGUUCAUUUAUUGGAUAUAUAAUUAUUCUACUAUUGGGUUAUUGUAUAUUGAACCAAUUGAAUUUUAUUGAAUAUCAAUAUCAGAAUUUAUACAAAACAAACAUGGAGAAAACAAAUACAUCUAGUAUUUCUGAUGUACCAUUUAUAUUUAUUGGAGGUCAUAAAAAUACAGGUAUUGAAUUAAUGGGAAUCAUUCUAGAUUCUCAUACAAUGAUUCGUUGUGGACCUGACCCAAUUGUAACAAAGAAUCUUUUGAGAUACAGAUGGAAUAAACUACACUUAAUGGAACGAUUAAUAGAAUCUGGUAUCACUGCUACUGUAUUGAAUGAUGCUACAGCUGCAUUUAUUGCAACAAUAAUUAUAAAAAUGGGUCCAAAUGCACCGAGGCUGUGCCAUAAAGAUUCAGAAUCAUUUGAAUAUCUUAAGGACUUAGAUAUUUUGUUUCCUAAGGCAAAAUUUAUUCAUAUGGUGCGAGAUGGAAGAGCUAUUAUUGCUUCUGAAAUAUCUAAAAAGAUCAAUACUAGCUAUACAUUGACAAAUAUCACUGAAACAUUUUUAACGUGGGAUGAAUUAACAAUACAAAUGUUAGAAGAUUGUGGAAAUAUUGGCCAUGAAAAAUGUUUAACCGUGCAUUAUGAAUGUUUAGUGUUAGAUCCACUCAGAGAAGUCCGGAAAGUUCUUGUCAAGUCAAUUCAUAAUCAUUCCAUAGAUGCAUGGUCUAAAGCAAACUCAAUUCUAUCAAUGGAUUUUAUUACAUUUAUGAAUGAAAAUAGCAUUGUUUUGAAAGAGUUGAAUUAUCUUACAGAUGAGAUCCCACCGAAUUAUGCCACCAUAUGCAAUAAGUGA